AUGCGGCUGAGCGUCUGCCUGGCGCUGAGCUGCAACCUGCUGCUCGCCUGCGGCUACGGCUCCUUCAGCAAGAGCGUGGAGGCCCUGGGCAAGAAGCAGUACCAGGUGCAGCACGGCUCGUGCAGCUACACCUUCCUGCUGCCCGAGACCGACAGCUGCCGCUCGGGCCCCUUCGUGCCCAACGCCGUGCAGAGGGACGCGCCGCUCGACUACGACGACUCCGUGCAGAGGCUGCAGCUGCUGGAGAACAUCAUGGAGAACAACACGCAGUGGCUCAUGAAGCUUGAGAAUUACAUCCAAGACAGUAUGAAGAAAGAAAUGGUAGAGAUCCAGCAAACUGCAGUGCAGAACCAGACUGCAGUAAUGAUUGAAAUAGGCACAAACUUAUUAAAUCAAACAGCUGAGCAGACCCGCAAAUUAACAGAUGUUGAAGCGCAAGUACUAAACCAGACGACGAGACUUGAACUUCAGCUUUUGGAGCAUUCUCUUUCAACAAACAAAUUAGAAAGGCAGAUUUCAGACCAGACAAACGAGAUAACUAAACUACAAGAGAAAAACAGCUUUCUAGAAAAAAGAGUUCUUGAGAUGGAAGACAAGCACACACUUCAGCUAAGGUCAAUAAAAGAUGAAAAAGAUCAGCUUCAAGUAUUAGUAUCCAGACAAAAUUCUAUUAUAGAAGAACUAGAAAAACAGUUGGUUACAGCUACAGUGAACAACUCAGCUCUGCAAAAACAGCAACAUGAUUUGAUGGAGACUGUUCAUAACUUGCUUACUAUGAUAUCUACACCAAACUCUGCUAAAAACAACUUCAUAGCUAAAGAGGAACAAAUUAGUUUCAAAGACUGUGCUGAAGCAUUUAAAUCCGGCCUAACAACAAGUGGAAUUUACAGCUUAACCAUCCCUAACAGUGCAGAAGAAAAGAAGGCCUACUGUGACAUGGAAACUGGYGGGGGCGGCUGGACGGUCAUUCAGAAACGAGAGGAUGGCAGCGUGGACUUCCACCGCACGUGGAAAGAGUACAAGAUGGGAUUUGGUGAUCCUGCUGGCGAGUACUGGCUGGGAAAUGAGUUUGUUUCUCAACUGACUAAUCAGAAACGUUAUGUUCUUAAAAUACACCUGAAGGACUGGGAAGGCAAUGAGGCUUAUUCACUGUACGACCACUUCUAUCUGUCUGGUGAAGAACUAAAGUACAGGAUCCACCUUAARGGACUGACUGGGACAGCAGGCAAAAUCAGUAGUAUAAGCCAACCAGGAAAUGAUUUUAGCACAAAGGAUGCAGACAACGACAAAUGUAUUUGCAAAUGUUCACAAAUGCUAACAGGAGGAUGGUGGUUUGAUGCAUGUGGCCCUUCUAACCUCAAUGGAAUGUAUUAUCCAUUACGACAGAACAACAACAAGUUUAACGGUAUCAAGUGGUACUACUGGAAGGGGUCAGGAUACUCGCUCAAAGCCACAACUAUGAUGAUUCGACCAGCAGAUUUCUAAAUGCUUUUGCAUUCUUAACGUGAAUUAUGUAUUGUAUAGUCUUCAAGGACUUCAUUUGCCGAGCACAUCAGCACACAUCUGCAACUUGUUUCCUUUUCAAGCCCAGAAACCGUGCGCCGGUUCUGAAGGGAUCAGUUCAUUCCCAUUCCUGAACUGCAGAGCUUGCCCUAUUCCUGUCUGAAGCAUGAGCCUCAUGGAACAAAGAAUUGGCCAAAAGACUGAAUAGAAGGAACAUCCAAGAAACUGUCAGACAACUUAAAGGACUGUUGUGUUGAUCAUUUAUGUAUGUGUUAGUAAAUAACUGGAACUGUGAAAAAAUAUCUAAAAUAGUUUUAGCAAUAUGCCUUUUGCUUCCUCACUGAACUUUAAACAUUACUCUAAUAUAAAACACUUAACUAGAUCUAGAUUUAUUUAUCUCUCCAUUGUCAUGUUUGCUGUUUAUGUACAUAAAAAAUAUACUGUGCUGUAAUUAGAAUGUAUUCUUUAACUAUGAUGUAGUCCCCUAAACUUCUUAUACUUAUUCAGGGAUUUUUUUUACAACAGCCUGUAUUACUUAAGAAGGGAGAAAUAGCAUUUAAAUACUUUGCAUUCAUUCUUGUGAAAUACUAUGCAAAAAAAGAAAAAAAUACCAUUUAUUUCAUUUUGAAAGUCUGAACUUAUCACAGUCACUGUCUCUAAGCUAUAAAAAUCCCUACAAAUUAUAGUAUAUAUUUCCUUAUAUUUUUUACAAAAGAUUGCACUUUUAUUUUCUUGUCAUUUAACUGUAAAAUAACUGAUAAGUAUUAUAUAAAUUGAGACAAUGGCAUUAACACCAGAUGUCCAGUUGUCUAUGACAAUCAAUUAUCACCUGGUGCUCUAGUUGAUUUAUACCUUUUGUAAAAGGAAGUUAUCUAAAAAAAUCUAUGCAUGUUCUUUGAUG